AUAUAAUUUUAGAAACUAUUUAAUUUUGAUCGAUGAAAAUAUUUUAAUUUAUUUUACAUUACAAAAUUGAUUCAUUUGUAUUGAUUCGUGCAAGUUUAUAAGUAUAAGAUUUAUCCUUAUGGCAUCACCAGCACCAAAAUCGCCAGAACAAUCUGAAAGAAAUAGAAAAUAUGAUAGACAAUUGAGGUUAUGGGGUGAUCAUGGUCAAGCUGCAUUAGAAGGAGCACAUAUUUGUGUAAUAAAUGCUACAGGCCUUGGUACAGAAAUUUUAAAAUCUGUAGUCUUACCAGGUAUUGGAGCGUUUACAAUUGUAGAUGGCAAGAAAAUUACUAAUGAAGAUAUCGGUGCAAAUUUUUUUUUAGAAGCAGACAGUUUAGGAAAAUCAAGGGCACAAGUAGCAACACAAAUGCUUUUAGAGCUAAAUUCAGAUGUUAGAGGUGAUUAUAUAGACGAGGAACCUGAACAAAUUUUAUGUAAUAGUCCAGAUUUUUUUAAUAAUUUUACCGUUGUCGUAGCCACUUCUUUAUCAGAAAAAUCUUUAAUUCUUCUGUCGCAAAGACUUUGGGAAUUAAAUAUACCUUUAAUAGUAUGUAGAAGUAUAGGAUUUAUCGCAUAUAUGAGAAUUCAAGUAAAAGAACAUACGAUUAUAGAAACACAUCCAGAUAAUGAAAUUCCAGAUUUACGUUUAGACAAGCCAUUUGAGAUAUUAAAAAAACAUUUUGAUACCAUAAACUUAGAUGAACUGAGUUUUAAAGAUCAUUCUCAUAUACCAUACUUAGUUAUAUUAUAUAAAUUUCUAGAAAAAUGGACUUUACAUAAAAAGGAUUUACCUAAAACUUAUAAAGAAAAACAUCAAUUAAAAGAAAUGAUAAAAGAGGCAAUGAGAAGAGAUGAGAAUGAUACUGCGAAUAGCGAAGAAAAUUUUGAAGAAGCUGUUAAAGCUGUUAAUACAUGUGUGGGACAUACUGAGAUUCCAGAUAAUGUGAUGAAUAUUCUUAAUGAUGAUCAAUGUAUUAAUCUAACAGCUAAGAGCAGUUCAUUUUGGAUUAUAGCAAAAGCGGUAAGGGAUUUUGUUGAAAAUGAAGGAGCUGGAUUAUUACCAUUAAAAGGUACUUUACCAGAUAUGACUGCGGAUACUGAGAAAUAUAUAACGCUUCAGCAAAUUUAUUACAAACAAGCGAUAGCUGAUGCAGAAUCAGUAUGGCGACGUACAUUGCAAUUAUUACGACAAUUAGGAAAAUCGUCUGAUUCUAUUUCCGAAAGAGAUGUUAAAUUGUUUUGCAGACAUGCUUCGAAUAUACACGUAGAAAAAGGAACGUGUAUCGCGGAUGAAUAUGAUUCUAAAACUUUUGAUACAAGUGAUAUAGUGCAAAGUUUAGAAAAUCCAGAAAGUAUGAUGAUUUAUUAUGUUGUUCUUAGGGGGGUUGAAAAAUUUCAAGCAGAAUAUAACUCGUAUCCUGGAGAGUUUGAUGAUCAAGUAGAACCUGAUAUUGUUAAGCUUAAAGCAUGCAUAACAAAAUUAUUAAACGAAUGGGGAUGUGGACCAUUGGUAAAAGAUGAUUAUGUCCAUGAAUUUUGUCGAUUUGGUGGAGCAGAAUUGCAUUCUGUAUCAGCAUUUUUAGGUGGCCUUGCAGCUCAAGAAGUUAUAAAAUUUGUUACAAAUCAAUAUAAACCAGUUCAUAAUACCUUUAUAUAUGAUGCGGUAACGUCGAAUUCUGGAAUAUUUUUCUUUUAAUAUUAAAUAGUAAAUUAAAAUUACAUUGCUGUAUAAAAUAAAAAUAUACAAUUUUAUAGUUUACACAUCA